AUGGAGGAAGUCGAGUCGCAGGACGACACCUGGGAGUACAAGAAUCUCGCCUGGUAUCAGGAGCAGCAGACCCAUUCCCUUUUUUGCGUGAGGUUCAAUCACUUGGACCCUCACCUGUCCAACGUCUUCGCAACCGUGGGAGCUGCACGGGCCACCGUGUACAGGUGCGGGCCAGGAAACAUCGUGCACAUCCUGCAAGCCUUCAAGGACCAGCAUGAGGACGAGGAGUAUUAUGUCUGCGAGUGGUCGCAGCACCCGGCCACAAAGGAGCCCUGGCUGCUCGUGGCUGGAAAGCACGGCGUCCUGAACGUCGUCAACUGCAUGUCGGGCCAGCUCGAAGCGUCCCUGUGCGGCCACGGCUCCGCCAUCAACGACAUCGCCGUGCACCCUUUCCACCCCCACAUCGUGGCCACUGCCAGCAAGGACCACACCAUUCGGGUCUGGAACCUGCACGUCGGCCGCCCGGUGCUCAUCUGCCAGGGUGACGGGAGCCACGUCAACGAGAUCCUGAGCCUGGACUGGAGGGUGGUGGGCAAGGAAUGGACCUUGGUCUCGGCCGGCAUGGACAGCUGCGUGAAGAUAUGGGACUUUUCGCCCCACCUCCCGCUCAUCACGGACAGCGAGGAUUGGACCGACCCGGAGGCUGCCUACCCCGUCCGCCUCGUCACCUUCCCCAUCUUCACCGCCCAGGUGCACGGCGGCCUGCAGUACGUGGACUGCGUGCGCUGGGUGGGGGACCUGGUGCUCUCCAAGUCGGUGGACAACAAGGCCCUGCUGUGGCGUGCCGACCUGGCGAGCCACAACCCGCGCGGCAUCGAGGACGGGCGCUUCACUGUGGUCCAGACCCUGAAGCUGGAGGUGUGCGACCGCGUGUGGUGGCUCCGCUUCGGCCUUGAUGGCCGGUGCGCCAGGCUGGCGAUCGGCACGCGAAAGGGCAACACGCUGCUGUAUGACCUGGAGGGCGGCGUGGAUGAGGGCGCCGUGGCCAAAAUCGUGACCGUACAGGAAUGA